AAACCCUAAUUUCAUAAAGGGUAGGGUUUUAUUACCCAGACAAGUUUGUCAAGUGUGACAGGCAUACAGCCAACAGUGGGGGACUUAAUUGCUGAAAGGAUGGAAAAGCCACCCAAAGAUAUUGCUCGCGAGGAAGCAGAAGAUGAAGAAGAGGAUCUAAGCUUCGAAGAGCUAGGAUUGGACCCUCGUCUUGUUCGCGCCCUAAUCAAGAAGGGGAUUGAGAAGCCCACUCCGAUCCAGCGAGUCGCUGUUCCUCUAAUAUUAGAAGGUAAAGACGUCGUUGCUCGUGCAAAGACUGGUUCUGGGAAGACCUUUGCGUAUCUCCUUCCAUUGCUUCAGAAGCUGUUUACUGAUAAUGGUUCAAAGAAGAAGCUUGCUCCGAGUGCAUUUAUUCUUGUCCCAACUCGAGAACUGUGUCAACAGGUUUUUACGGAGGUUUCAUCUAUCAUUGAAUUAUGCAGAGUUCAAUUGAAAGUUGUGCAGUUGACGAGCAGUAUGGCUGUUUCUGAUUUGACGGCUGCACUAGCAGGACCUCCAGAUAUUCUGGUUUCCACACCUGCUUGUAUACCAAAAUGCUUGUCAGCUGGUCUACUUCUAUCAGCAUCCAUUGAUGCCUCACUUGAAAUUCUUGUACUUGAUGAGGCAGAUCUUCUAUUGUCAUAUGGAUAUGAAGAUGACAUAAAAACUUUUACAGCUCACAUCCCUAGGCGUUGUCAAUGCCUUCUUAUGUCUGCCACAUCAAGUGGUGAUGUUGAGAAGCUGAAGAAGCUGGUUUUACACAAUCCCUUCAUCUUGACUUUGCCAGAAGUGGGAAAUAUUAAGGAUGAGAUUAUCCAGAAUGUUCAGCAAUUUUGGAUUUCAUGUGGUAGUCGUGAUAAAUUACUUCACAUCCUUGCCCUCUUGAAGUUGGAGUUGGUUCAAAAGAAAGUUCUGAUUUUUACUAAUACCAUAGACAUGGGAUAUAGAUCAAAACUAUUUCUGGAAAAGUUUGGAGUUAAGUCUGCUGUUUUAAAUUCUGAGUUGCCACAGAAUUCUCGUCUUCAUAUUCUUGAGGAAUUCAAUGCUGGGCUUUUUGAUUAUUUGAUUGCAACUGAUGACAGUGAAACAAAACAGAAGGAAGAAGUCAAUGGGGAAAGUAAUGCUGAAACAAGAAAGUCUAGAAAGCAUGCCAAGCAAAAACUAGACUCUGAAUUUGGAGUAGUGAGGGGUAUUGACUUUAAAAAUGUACACACGGUUAUAAACUUUGAAAUGCCACCCAGUGUUGCUGGAUAUGUACAUCGAAUUGGACGCACAGGAAGAGCGUACAGCACUGGUGCUUCUAUUUCUCUUGUUUCUCCUGAUGAGAUGGAAAUUUUUGAAGAAAUAAAAGCUUUUUUAGGGGAUGAUGAAAACAAGAACUCGGACUUAAUAACUCCCUUUUCUCUGCUCUCGAAGAAUGCAGUGGAGUCUUUACGAUACAGAGCUGAGGAUGUUGCGAAGAGUGUGACCAAAGUUGCUGUUAGGGAGUCACGAGCUCAGGAUUUGAGGAAUGAAAUUCUUAAUUCUGAAAAGUUGAAAGCUCAUUUUGAAGUUAAUCCAAGAGACUUGGAUCUAUUGAAACAUGACAAGGUCCUCAGCAAGAAGCCCCCUGCUCCUCACCUACGUGAUGUUCCCGACUACCUAUUGGACCCGAAAACACAAGAAGCCAGAAAAUUUGUCAAGCUUGCUAGGGCUGCAAUGGGAAAUACCAAAUCUGCUCGCCACGGUGGGUCAAAGAAAAAAUUCAAAAAAAGUGGAGACCCACUGAAGACAUUCUCUGCUGAGGCACCAAAGAGAUCUCGCAAUGGUGGGGCAAAGAGAGAGGACAAAGGUGGUGAUGACCGCCAUAAACGCAAGAAGAAAAAAUCUGUUUGAGUUUUAUAUUUGAGCUGUAAAUCCUUAUAACCUUGAGGUCAGUUUUGUAGUUGUCAAAGUUCGCGAAUAAUUAAUUAUAAUUCUGUUGA